AUGGACCCGCAAACCGACCUCCCCGACCUCGUCGAAGACCUCGAAGUGAACAUCGACGAGCUCUCCACCACCCUCACACCUCUCCUCCCCCCCAACUCCCUCUCCAAAUCCGCGACCUCGUUGCCAUUGCUCGAGAAAGCAAAACUGCACGUCCUGGCCGCCUACAGCAUCGAAUCGCUCCUCUUCAGCACGCUCCUCGCCUCAGGCGCCGACGCAAAAUCCCACGCCCUGUUCCCCGAGCUAGCGCGACUGAAGCGCUAUUUCGCCAAGAUCAAAGACGCCGAGGAGCACAUUGGGCGCGAGGAGAAGCGGGCGCGACUAGAUGUCGGCGCAGCGCAGCGGUUCAUCAAGCACGGACUAGCGGGGAACGAGCGCUACGACGAGAUGCGCAAGGAGAAAAUGGCCAGGGAAAAGGCGAGAGGAUUGGAGAAGGCGCGGGCGUUGACCAACAAGAAGUUCAGCGACGACGACGACGACGACGACGACGACGACGAAGCUGCGCCUGCGAGGAAGCGGCGCGCGCAGGAAGUGGAGGGCCCAGGCGAGGAGGACGAACAGGAGCACACACCACCCAAGAAGUCGAAACUCGACGGAGACGCACAAGGAGACGAUGAUACAGAAACACCCGCACCCAGGCAAACACCCACGACCACCGACUCCCCCGCCCCCGCGACGAAAAAACGCGGCCGGCCUUCCAAGAAAGACAGAGUCGAAGCAUUGACAUCGACAUCGACAUCCACAGUGCAGAAGAGCGAGGACGCCGCGACCUCGACACCCGCGCGCGCAACCCGCUCCUCAGCGCCCAAGACGCGCAGCGAGGCGUUUGCGGCGCUGGCUGCUGAUUCGCCGGGGGGUGCGAGUGCGAGUGCGAGUGGGAGUGCGGGUGUAAAGGGGAAGGGUAAGGGAAAAGGAAAAGCAAAAGGGAGAGGGAAGGGGAGAUGA